CCCAGUGGUUGCUACAUCAUAUCUGGUUCUGAGAACGCAUUCUUCUAUAUAUGGCGCAAACAAGUGGAUAUAUCGCAUGUCUCUCGCUUCUCAAACACAAGAAAGGAUAGAAACAAGUCUUGGGAGGCCAUAAAGGCUCAUAAUACCGUGGUAACGGCUGCUAUUUUCUGCCCCAAGCCGGCUCUCGUCCUUGACCGUCAUCUGCGCCAUCUCCCUUACUACUUUCUCUGUCAUCAUUGUAGCUAUUAUCGGUAUGUGUAA